CCCCUCCCCCCGGCAGGGAUCCGGGGUCUGUGCCCCCCCGCCAUGGACUGGACCCCCGACGAGCAGGGCCUGCAGCAGGUCCUGCAGCUGCUCAAGGACUCGCAGUCGCCCAACACGGCCACGCAGCGCAUCGUGCAGGAUAAGCUCAAACAGCUCAACCAGUUUCCGGACUUCAACAACUAUUUGAUCUUCGUGCUGACGCGUCUCAAAUCCGAAGACGAGCCGACGCGGUCGCUGAGUGGUCUCAUCCUCAAGAACAACGUGAAGGCGCAUUUCCAGAGUUUUCCGCCGCCGGUGGCCGAGUUCAUCAAACGGGAGUGUCUCAACAACAUCGGCGACGCCUCCUCCCUCAUCCGCGCCACCAUCGGGAUCCUCAUCACCACCAUCGCCUCCAAAGGAGAGCUCCAGAUGUGGCCGGAAUUGCUCCCGCAGCUCUGUAACCUCCUCAACUCCGAGGAUUACAACACGUGUGAGGGGGCGUUCGGGGCCCUCCAGAAGAUUUGCGAAGAUUCCUCGGAGCUCCUCGAUAGCGAUGCCCUCAAUCGACCCCUCAACGUCAUGAUCCCAAAGUUCCUCCAGUUCUUCAAACACUGCAGCCCCAAAAUCAGAUCCCACGCCAUCGCCUGCGUCAACCAGUUCAUCAUGGACCGAGCGCAGGCGCUGAUGGAGAACAUCGACACCUUCAUCGAGCACCUCUUCGCGCUGGCGGUGGAUGAGGACCCGGAGGUUCGCAAGAACGUGUGUCGAGCGCUGGUGAUGCUCCUCGAGGUGCGCAUCGACCGACUGCUGCCGCACAUGCACAGCAUCAUCCAGUACAUGCUGCAGCGGACGCAGGACAGCGAUGAGAACGUGGCGCUGGAGGCGUGCGAGUUCUGGCUGACGCUGGCCGAGCAGCCCGUCUGCAAGGAGGUGCUGGGCGCCCACCUCGUGCAGCUGAUCCCUAUCCUGGUGAAUGGGAUGAAGUACUCGGAGAUCGAUAUCAUUCUGCUGAAGGGCGACGUGGAGGAGGACGAGGCGGUGCCGGACAGCGAGCAGGACAUCAAACCGCGCUUCCAUAAGUCGCGUACGGUGACGCUGCAGCACGAGGAGGAGCGGCCGCCGGAGCGCGACGACGCCGACGACGAGGACGACGACGAUGACGAUACGCUCUCCGACUGGAACCUGCGGAAGUGCUCGGCGGCGGCGUUGGACGUUUUGGCCAACGUCUUCCGGGAAGAGCUAUUACCGCAUCUCCUUCCGCUACUUAAGGAACUGCUUUUCCACCCGGAAUGGGUGAUUAAGGAAUCGGGAAUCCUGGUGCUGGGCGCCAUCGCCGAAGGCUGCAUGCAGGGGAUGGUGCCGUAUCUACCGGAGCUCAUCCCGCACCUCAUCCGGUGUCUGGCGGAUAAGAAGGCGCUGGUGCGCUCCAUCGCCUGUUGGACGCUGAGCCGUUACGCUCAUUGGGUGGUGGGACAACCGCCGGACCUCUACCUCAAACCCCUCAUGACCGAACUGCUGCAGCGCGUCCUCGACGGCAACAAACGCGUCCAGGAGGCAGCGUGCAGCGCCUUCGCCACUCUGGAGGAGGAGGCGUGCACGGAGUUGGUGCCGUACCUGAGCUUCAUCCUCGACACCCUCGUCUUCGCCUUCGGGAAGUACCAACACAAGAAUCUGCUCAUCCUCUACGACGCCAUCGGGACGUUGGCCGACUCCGUGGGGCACCACCUCAACCAGCCCGAAUACAUCCAGAAGCUGAUGCCGCCCCUGAUCCAGAAAUGGAACGAACUGAAGGACGAAGACAAAGACCUCUUCCCACUGCUGGAGUGCCUCUCGUCGGUGGCCACAGCGCUGCAGAGUGGGUUUCUGCCCUACUGCGAGCCCGUCUACCAGCGCUGCGUCACUCUCGUCCAGAAGACACUGACACACGCCAUGCUGUACUCGCAGCAGCCGGAGCGCGUCGAGGCUCCCGAUAAGGAUUUCAUGAUUGUGGCUCUGGAUCUGCUGAGCGGCCUCGCGGAGGGCCUCGGGGGCCACGUGGAGCAGCUCGUGGCGCGCAGCAACGUCAUGAGCCUCCUCUUCCAGUGCAUGCAGGACUCGAUGCCCGAGGUGCGACAGAGCUCCUUCGCGCUGUUGGGUGAUCUGACCAAGGCGUGUUUCCUGCACGUCAAACCCUGCAUCGCUGAGUUUAUGCCCAUCUUGGGCACCAACCUGAACCCCGAGUUUAUCUCCGUCUGCAACAACGCGACUUGGGCCAUCGGCGAGAUCUGCAUGCAGAUGGGGUCUGAGAUGCAGCCCUACGUCCCAAUGGUUUUGUCCAACCUGGUGGAGAUCAUCAACCGCCCCAACACCCCCAAAACGCUGCUGGAAAACACCGCCAUCACCAUCGGGCGCUUGGGCUUCGUCUGCCCCCAGGAGGUGGCUCCGAUGCUCCAGCAGUUCAUCCGGCCUUGGUGCACAUCACUGCGCAACAUCCGCGAUAACGAAGAGAAGGAUUCGGCGUUCCGGGGGAUCUGUGUCAUGAUCGGGGUGAACCCCGGGGGGGUCGUGCAGGAUUUCAUCUUCUUCUGCGACGCCGUCGCCUCCUGGGUGAGCCCCAAAGAUGAUCUGCGCGAGAUGUUCUAUAAGAUCCUUCAGGGCUUCAAAGCACAGGUGGGAGAGGAGAAUUGGCAGCAUUUCGCCGAGCAGUUCCCCCCUCUGCUCAAAGAGCGACUGGCGGCGUUCUACGGUGUCUGAGGUCAUCCAGGAGCAUCGCCCCCCCCCCCC